GAAGCAGCCGCAAGUGAAGUUGUGGCCUCAUGUGGAUAUGGACCACUUCAGGAAUUUAUUUGUGGACAGAGGUCCACCUUCACCUGGGCACAGUGUAGACUUGCAUUGGUCAGCACUUCUGUUGCAGGUUGCCCCGGAAGAAUUCAAGACCAGCAUCAGUCGCGUGAAUGCCUGUUUGAGGAAGAAUCUCCCAGUCAACGUGAAGUGGCUGUUCUGCCUGUGCUGCUGCUGCACACUGGGCUGCAGCCUGUGGCCUGUCGUCUGUCUUAACAAAAGAACUAGAAGAUCAAUUCAGAAGUUAUUAGAAUGGGAAAAUAACAGACUAUAUCAUAAGCUUGGUUUGCACUGGAAGCUGAGUAAAAGGAAAUGUGAAACUAGCAAUAUGAUGGAAUAUGUAAUAUUAAUAGAGUUCUUACCAAAAUAUCCCAUAUUUCGACCUGACUGAGGAACAGCAUUUGCUCUUUCAUGUUACCUGUCAUUUUCUACCCUUAGUGCCUUGUAGAUGAUUUUGGAAAGAAGAUGGUCUACUUUGCUGUGACUUAAAAAUGUUCUUCAGCAGAAUAUCUUCUGUGCUAUGUUACUUUCUUUUGUUAAGAAGAGAACAAUUUGCACAUUUUUUUUUUUAUGUUAAACGAGGCUUCUACGUUGCACUCUGAAUUUUUAACAUUAACAAUAACUGAUAGAGUUGCCACUAAGGAUCUAACAUCAGUGCUGCUUAAACUUAUUCUGAGCAUGCUGCCUUAUUAAUUUCUAUAUUUGCUGUCCUCAAACAUGCAUCCUGAUGCUGUGUCACACUCUAUUUUAUUCUAAAUGUCGCAAUCCUAUAAACCCUCAGUGGAAAUGUCCAGGUAAGCAUCUAGUCGUAAUGAUUUUAGUAUAACUUGCUUGCGUAGGACUCGCAAUCAACAGCACUGGUUUUGUCCUGCACUUUGCAAAAUCAUCAUUUACAUUAGGGGGUUAAUUGUUUUACCCACUAUGGAUUUGUAAAUACUGACUCUUUGCAUAAUGUAAAGUAUGGUAUGCCAAGGUUUACAGAAUGUAAUAUAGCUCUUACUCUAUUGCCAACAGCCCGAUGUGGUUUUACUGGUUACCAUUUGCUAGUAUCCCUCUGAUUGUAUAGACCCAUCCACAUGCUGGUUUUAUGGUAAAGCCAUAAUGAGUUUGUACAUACUGUCAGAUGUGUAGGGCUCCGUUGCACUUUGUUUAGUAAAUGGAUGAAAAAUGCAGAGCAUUUCUGUCUUUUUUUUUUUUCCCCAAAAAAAAAAUAAAAUUCAGGUGUUGUUUG